UCCACUCUAUAUUUAACGCAAUUAAUGGACUUACCAACAGUGUGGAAUCUCGAUGAUAAAUCUACUUUUUUGAGCGUAGAUUCGAGCGGACUUAGAGUAAAUUAUGAAGACUGGGUAGCUUGA